AUUGGAGGCAGCGCGAGGGCUUUGGGCGCAGCCCCGGGCCCGGGGCGGGAGGUCGCUUGGGUCGGGUGUCGCCUGAGAACCGGAUGAGGCGGCGACCGUGAGGCCGAGCCGGGAGCGGGCGUCGCGCCGAGGCCCGGGCGGGCGGGGAGCAACGGCCGUAGACGCCGCGGGGCCGGGUCGUUGAGGGUCGGGAGCGGGCGGGGAGCGCGGGGCGCUCGGGCCGGGGGCCGCCGGCGCCAUGGGCAACCGCGGGAUGGAAGAGCUGAUCCCGCUGGUCAACAAGCUGCAGGACGCCUUCAGCUCCAUCGGCCAGAGCUGCCACCUGGACCUGCCGCAGAUCGCCGUGGUGGGCGGCCAGAGCGCCGGCAAGAGCUCGGUGCUGGAGAACUUCGUGGGCCGGGACUUCCUUCCCCGUGGUUCAGGAAUUGUCACCCGGCGGCCUCUCAUUCUGCAGCUCAUCUUCUCAAAAACAGAAUAUGCCGAGUUUUUGCACUGCAAAUCCAAAAAGUUUACAGAUUUUGAUGAAGUCCGGCAGGAGAUCGAAGCGGAGACCGACAGAGUCACGGGGACCAACAAGGGCAUCUCCCCAGUACCCAUCAACCUGCGCGUCUACUCGCCACACGUGUUGAACUUGACCCUCAUCGACCUCCCGGGCAUCACCAAGGUGCCCGUGGGGGACCAGCCCCCGGACAUCGAGUACCAGAUCAAGGACAUGAUCCAGCAGUUCAUCAGCCGGGAGAGCAGCCUCAUCCUGGCCGUCACGCCCGCCAACAUGGACUUGGCCAACUCGGACGCCCUCAAGCUGGCCAAGGAGGUCGACCCGCAAGGCCUGCGGACCAUCGGCGUCAUUACCAAGCUCGACCUGAUGGACGAAGGCACCGAUGCCAGGGACAUCCUGGAGAACAAGCUGCUCCCCUUGAGAAGAGGGUACAUUGGCGUGGUGAACCGCAGCCAGAAGGACAUUGAGGGCAAGAAGGACAUCCGUGCGGCACUGGCGGCCGAGAGGAAAUUCUUCCUCUCCCACCCGGCCUACCGGCACAUGGCCGACCGCAUGGGCACGCCACACCUGCAGAAGACCCUCAAUCAGCAACUGACCAACCACAUCCGGGAGUCACUGCCGACCCUGCGCAGCAAGCUGCAGAGCCAGCUGCUGUCCCUGGAGAAGGAGGUGGAGGAGUACAAGAACUUCCGGCCUGAUGACCCCACGCGCAAAACCAAAGCCCUGCUGCAGAUGGUCCAGCAGUUUGGGGUGGACUUUGAGAAGAGGAUUGAGGGCUCGGGAGACCAAGUGGACACACUGGAGCUCUCUGGGGGCGCCCGGAUCAAUCGAAUCUUCCAUGAGCGGUUUCCCUUUGAGCUGGUGAAGAUGGAGUUCGAUGAGAAGGACUUAAGACGAGAGAUCAGUUACGCCAUUAAGAACAUACACGGAGUCAGGACGGGGCUCUUCACCCCCGACAUGGCCUUUGAAGCCAUUGUGAAAAAACAGAUUGUAAAACUCAAAGAGCCAAGUUUGAAGUGUGUUGACCUCGUGGUCUCAGAACUGGCCACGGUCAUUAAAAAGUGUGCCGAGAAGCUCGGCUCCUACCCACGGCUGCGAGAGGAGACGGAGCGAAUCGUCACCACUUACAUCCGGGAACGGGAGGGGAGGACCAAGGACCAGAUUCUUCUUCUGAUCGACAUCGAACAGUCCUACAUCAACACGAACCACGAGGACUUCAUUGGAUUCGCCAACUGUUACUAUACUGAGCAGCUGGUCACCUGCGCACAGCAGAGGAGCACGCAGCUGAACAAGAAGAGGGCCAUCCCCAACCAGGGGGAGAUCUUGGUGAUCCGCAGGGGCUGGCUGACCAUCAACAACAUCAGCCUGAUGAAGGGCGGCUCCAAGGAGUACUGGUUCGUGCUGACGGCCGAGUCACUGUCCUGGUACAAGGACGAGGAGGAGAAGGAGAAGAAGUACAUGCUGCCCCUGGACAACCUCAAGAUCCGCGACGUGGAGAAGGGCUUCAUGUCCAAUAAGCACGUCUUCGCCAUCUUCAACACGGAGCAGAGGAAUGUCUACAAGGACCUGCGGCAGAUCGAGCUGGCCUGUGACUCCCAGGAGGACGUGGACAGCUGGAAGGCCUCCUUCCUCCGAGCCGGGGUGUACCCCGAGAAGGACCAGGCAGAGAAUGAGGACGGGGCCCAGGAGAACACCUUCUCCAUGGACCCGCAGCUGGAGCGGCAGGUGGAGACCAUCCGCAACCUGGUGGACUCGUACGUGGCCAUCAUCAACAAGUCCAUCCGCGACCUCAUGCCAAAGACCAUCAUGCACCUCAUGAUCAACAACACGAAGGCCUUCAUUCACCACGAGCUGCUGGCCUACCUGUACUCCUCAGCGGACCAGAGCAGUCUCAUGGAGGAGUCUGCCGACCAGGCUCAGCGGCGGGACGACAUGCUGCGCAUGUACCACGCGCUCAAGGAGGCGCUCAACAUCAUCGGAGACAUCAGCACCAGCACCGUGUCCACGCCUGUGCCUCCGCCCGUCGAUGACACCUGGCUGCAGAACACCAGCAGCCACAGCCCCACUCCACAGCGCCGGCCCGUGUCCAGCGUGCACCCCCCGGGCCGGCCCCCAGCAGUGCGGGGCCCCACACCAGGGCCCCCUCUGAUUCCCGUGCCGGUGGGGCCAGCAGCCUCCUUCUCGGCGCCCCCCAUCCCUUCCCGGCCUGGACCCCAGAGUGUGUUUGCCAACAACGACCCCUUCUCGGCCCCGCCUCAGAUCCCGUCUCGGCCAGCGCGGAUCCCCCCCGGGAUCCCCCCCGGAGUGCCCAGGCGACCACCUCCAUCGGCUCCCGCACGACCUUUCUUCUGAGCUUCGUGGGAGACCCCACCCCCACCCCUGCCCGCCUGACUGCCCCUGUGGUGGGGGCAGGUCGGUCCCAGCUCGUGUCCCCAAGCCCCCAAUCACCAGGCUCUGUGAUUUUUCUGUCCAUAAUUUAUUGACUCCGGUGCCCAGGCCAGACAGCCCUUUGUUCUCUGAGGCUCCAGCUCGGGGCUUUGGCCAGGCCACCUCUCAGCCCUGUCUGGGGCCCCUGCAGGGAGAAGGGGAGGGGCGGAGGGUCUUGCAGGCCCCCCUCCUGGAGUUCUGUUACCAGACCUCACAGCCAGCUGGCCCCCGCUGGGCCAAGGGGCCAGGGCCCCUUCCUGUGGAAUAAAGCGACUAUCCUGGCAACAGCUCCGCAGCCAUGUUUCCUUCCCGGCCCCUGGAAGCAGCAGCAGCCCCCUCCCAGCACGACCUGGCUCGGGGGCCCAGGCAGGGAAGAGCAGGGUUUGCUUCCCGGCCCGGCCCACACCGGCAGCGGCAGCACUGAUGCAGGCUGGAAGACUUGGGCUAAGGCACGUUUACAGUCGGGGGCGCGGACCAGAAAAUCCAAUGGUCGCGCUGCAACGCUGCAGUGUCCCCCAGCACGACUUCCAGGAAAGUAGAGGCAGCCGCUGAGCCGCCCCUCCCAGAGGACCACGGCCCGCAAGCCAGCGUGUCGCCUGCCUGCUCAGAUGCACCAGGCUUCAUCUCAGGCCUCCCCUCGUAGGAAACUAAGUUGGGGAGGGAGACCCCCAAGUCCACAAGCACAUGCCCCACUGUCCCUCCUUUUUCCCCUUCUUCCUUCCGGGGCAGGGGCUACGUGGGCACGGGGCGCUUGUCCUGGAAGAAGCGCUUGACCGUGCAGACCUGCAGCACGGCCACCAGUAGCAGGACAGCCACGUUGACGGCCGACCAGAAGUUGACCCGUUCCAGGUUGCCCUCCUGCAGGUUGCGGUCCCGCGCCUCGAAGGCCCGCAGCAGUGUCAACAUCUGGAUGCUGCGCUCCAGCCGGGUCCUCAUGGUCUCUAUGGACUCCUGCAGGGCAGAGGAAGGAGCAGGGUCAGACUUCUGCCCUUUGCAGAGAGACCAGUAACAGCAGGGGAAGGGAAGGGAAGACCGUGUUGGGCUGGGGGAAAACAGCUGAGAACACGGCUGCCUAAGUCUGAAUCCUCGCUCUUCCACUCUCUGGCUGUGUGACCGUGAGCAAGUCAAUUAACCUCUCUGGGCCUCAGAUUCCUUUUCUAUAAAACUCAAAAUGGAUGUGAAAAUUGAAUGCCUAAAUAAAUGUACAGAACAUGUUUACUCAUGA